CCAGUACUCCGUAACUAUACAAAACACCAAACAACAGGAAACGCCAUCACUACGUCGCAGAAUUAUGGUGUUUUUGCGUAAAAAUGAGUUCCACCACAAGGCAGGAUCGCGCGCUCAUGCGCCAGCGCGGCGCCGGGGCUCGGAAUGUCGCAAAGGCUGAAUUUGGCCUUGAUUUUGGGUUUAGUAAUAACAGACAGGAGCGACAACAGAUGCGACAAAGAGGGGCUGCGUCUCGGAAAAUCGACAAUGUAGACUUUGGAAUCUCCUUUCCUAGUUCAGCUCGUUCGCGCCGGUCAACCACAAAGACUCCUCAGUCGAGACGAUCCUCCUCGAGACAGCCCUCAGUCACUCCUGCAGAGAAUUCAAGGAGGAGCCGUGAACCGUCAACAGCACCGGCUUCUACACAAACGCCCAGUGAGACUCAAAGGCAGCGCGGCGUUGUAAGCGCAAGCAGUGAAUACUCGAGCAAACGGAGGCGAAUAUCACAAGCCACAGAAACGCCAGCUCAAUCAACAAGAACCCCUGAUGUUAGAUCUACACGCUCUUCUACGCGGAGACAAGCUCGCAAUAGUAUAUUUCCGAUUGCCGAAGACAGGGAGGCGCAUGAGCCUCCAGAGACUGUGCGCCGUGAAGUGGUCACCCCGAGACUACGAGUGGAAUCUCCAUUGUUUGUUCCGCAAGAUGAUGCUGAAAAAGAGAACGAUGCACCGGACAACUCAGUGCCUGCAAAGAUCAGUGAUUCAAAUGCUUCGAGAAGGACAUCCCGCAGAAGGACGAGAUCGUCCAUAUUACUGGAAGAGAAGGGAACCCCCUCGGCCGGUGUGUUUGAGGAGACUGGCAGAGACAGCUCUCUGCUCGAAGCUGGCCCCAGAACUGAGCACACAAAGGGAGUAGAUACAGAACAGCUCGGCGUGUCGAGAUCUCCAAUAGGUUCUGCGACAGGCCUAAGUCACAGCUCUGGGCCAGCAGCAGAUGAAGAAGACAACGUUAGCCAUCAGCAGCUGGCAGGCUCUGAUAUCGAGCUUGAUGAUGCCGAUGUUUCGAAUGCCGACCAUGACAUACCACCAUCUCAAGAUACGGCAGAUGCAGCACAAAAUACAUCAAGGUACGACAACGCUCCAGCGAAGAAAUCUCGACGGAAACGAAAAUCUGUCAAUCUGGUCCGCAAGAGGAGGUCUUCGACCACCAAACACAACCGCCUCAAUCAGACGGAGCAAAGCUUGACACACGAUACGUCACCACAAGCUAGAGUCUCGAUACCACCAUCGACGCCGGCACUAUUUGCACAGCCUGACAAGAAUGGUAGCACAGCCCGUCGCGAGGCACCAACACCAGUAGAUGAAAGUCCAGCUUCUCCUCGCCGUAAUCUUGCACACCAAGAAGCCGCUGAAGAGGAAGAGGACAAUACAUACGCACCAGAAAGUUCAGUCGAGCCCGAAACACCAGCGCCCCCCAAGCGUGGUCCCAGAAAGGAGAAGAGGCAGAGUGGUCGUACUCAGGAGCGACAUCAACCACGGCAACAACAACAAAAGAAGACCAAAGCUACCUUCCCCAUACUAACGCAUAGAUUGACCAAUACUUCAAAACUACCUACUAUCGCGGAGGAGGAGGAAGGUGGUGAGGAGGAAGAGACAGACGACGAAUCCGGCCAAAAGGAGGGCGCCGUUGGAAGCGCAUUGACGAUGGGUCCCGAUCGAAGCCAAGUCAAUGCCGUCGACGUCUUGGCUCAGAUAUGUCGUGAAACGGUUGAAAACAUGAUCGAACGCCUCACAUCCAACCUUAAUAACAGCAACGAUGACCGCAACCGUCGACGCACCACAUCAAAGACCAAACGAAGCGCCCUGGAAGCGUUCGGCCGUGACCUGGACGACGAACUGUUCGACAUGUCCGAAGCGCUCGAGAACAGGAUCUCGUUGGAGGCGCGGGUGAGGAAGAGUAAGCGAACCAAGGCCUCGUUGCAGGCCGAAUGGCUCGAGAUCCGCAAGCAGAGAGAAAGGAUCGCGUUGAGGUGUGACGCCGUCAGGAAAAGGAAUUGGGAGAGCGAAGCCGACGCCCGACGAAAAUGGCGCCUCAGUGAGGCCGCCAGGAGAGCGGAGCUCGAAUUGAGCCGGGAAAGCCCCCACGGGUCAGAUGACGGACGUACUGCUGGCACGGAAUUCAUGCUGCGCAGCGUCGUGAAUCAAAUCAGUUCCGCUUCCGAUCGCGGUGGGACAUUGGAACGGGUUCGUCGUUUCAAUUCACAAUUGGAGACUUUGGCUUCAUUUUUGGAAAGGGGUGCUUGACGAUGAUGACGACGACGAUGAUGAUGAUGAUGAAGUUUUGUGUGUAUGUGUGUCUUUUUUUCUCUUGGGUUGGAUAUAAACCAACGACCGCCGAGGCUCAUCUGUACAACAGAAGCUCCCUAGGACCAGAGACUCGAGACUCUACGAGUAUCGGGGGUAAGGAAGGACGCGGGCCCCCUUUGUUUUGUCGGAAAAGAGAGUCUUCUCUCUCGGUCGAAAGCGUGUUUGUGGGAAGUCGAAGUACUCCUACAAAUCUGGACGGGUUGGGCAAGUGGACACGUUGGAUACCUUACUCCAUAUGCGCCGUGCUGAGCUGUGCCGUGCUGUGCUGCACUCGAGACGAAAUCACGAACUUGACCGUGUCAAUUUGGUUCUCAGGAUUGGCGAAUUUUGGUUUUCCUUUUUUUUAUUUUCUAGUCAUCGACCGUGUUGUGUCGAUCGGUUUUUUGGUUGUAACAAAGCAAUAUCGGCCUGCGAAUCGAGGUUUGACUCCGAGUACUUUGGGUACCUUUGGAACAAUGGUGAUUUAAUCCCCCCUGGCACUGGCAUAUACGCACAUACAUGUACCUCUGAGAGUGUCAAUGAAUCAAUGCCCUCGCUUAACAUGACCAGCUGGGAUUGUCGAUGUUUCUUUAUGCGAAGAGUCCUACACAGAGGAGAAUCAAGGUCAUACUGAUUUACCGUACGAAGGAAACAAAAUAGCCAAAAAAAAGAUACUGUGUUCCAAGUUUCGAGCACAACAUCACAGGGGAAUAGUACUUGG